UGCCAAAUUUCUUAACAAAUUCAAAAAGACUGGAAGUGUUGCAGACCAACCGAGCCGUGGACGUCCAUGAACAUGCACUGACGUGCUGCUGGCAUACGCAGUCCUGUGUGUCUGGAGAGCUUUGGGACAGCCUGUUACAGGAUAAGAGAGAGCUGAAGCUGUUUGCUGUAAGGGUUUCGCGGAGUACACAGGGCAGUGACCGCCCCUGAGAUGUGCGUCAGCUGGAGCUGGCCUUGGAGCAGCCUCUCUGGAGUGUGUGGCGAGCAGCAAAACUUUUUGCACGCAUCCCUUGGAACGUCUCAAAGGAAAAAAAAGCUUUCGGUCAGAUGCAAAACGUUGCAACACAUCUGCCGGGUUAAACAGCUGGGAUGUAAGACGAUGGCGUGUUGGAGCGCACGCGCUGGUUAGAUCUGCGCGCCGUCGCUGUGUGUGUGGUUUUAGUUUCUUUUUUUUUUCUGAACUGAAGCACGGAUAUUGCCUGUUCGUGGGCGGUAACGUGCCGAAUAGCGAUGCUGGCGAGAAAAAGCAUAAUUCCCGAAGAGUUCGCGCUGCCCGCGCUGGCCUCGCGCGCCCCCCGGAAGCCGGUGUUCAGGGACCGCGUGAACAAGGCGCGCUUCAUUGCCAAGAGCGGCGCGUGCAACCUGGCGCACAAGAACAUCCGCGAGCAGGGCCGCUUCCUGCAGGACGUCUUCACCACGCUGGUGGACCUUAAGUGGCGCUUCACGCUUGUCAUCUUCACCAUGACCUUCCUGUGCAGCUGGCUGCUGUUCGCCAUGGCCUGGUGGCUCGUUGCGUUCGCGCACGGAGACCUGGAUCUCACCCGUCAGUCCGGGGUCGAGCAGUGCGUCACCAACGUCAAGUCCUUCACCUCAGCCUUCCUCUUCUCCAUCGAAGUGCAGGUCACUAUAGGCUUCGGCGGCCGCAUGAUCACUGAGCAGUGUCCGACAGCCAUCACGGUGCUGAUCCUGCAGAACAUCGCUGGGCUCAUCAUCAAUGCCGUCAUGCUGGGCUGCAUCUUCAUGAAGACGGCGCAGUCACACAGGCGUGCUGAGACACUCAUCUUCAGCCGCCAGGCUUGCAUCGCCGUUCGCAACAGCCGUCUGUGCUUCAUGAUCCGCGUGGGUGACUUGCGCAAGAGCAUGAUCAUCAAUGCUGCUGUGCGCCUCCAGGUGGUGCGCAAGACCACCACGCCUGAGGGAGAGGUCAUCCCUAUACACCAGAUCGACAUCCAGAGUGAGAGCGCCGUGGCCAGCAACAGUAUUUUCCUCCUGGCUCCACUCAUCAUCUGCCAUGUCAUUGAUAAAGACAGUCCACUGUAUGACCUGUCAGCCAUGGAGCUGCAGUGCAGUGACCUGGAGGUGAUUGUCAUCCUUGAGGGUGUUGUGGAGACCACGGGCAUCACCACACAGGCACGCACUUCUUAUGUGACUGAGGAGAUCCAGUGGGGCCACCGCUUUGUGCCUAUCGUGACUGAAGAGGAAGGGGUUUACUCUGUGGACUACUCUAAGUUUGGCAACACAGUGAAGGUAGCGACGCCACGCUGCAGCGCCCGUGAGCUCGACGAGAAGCCAUCCAUCCUCAUACAGACGAUGCAGAAGAGUGAGCUGUCGCACCAGAACUCUCUGCGUAAGAGGAACUCAAUGCGCCGCAACAACUCCAUGCGCAAGAGCAACUCCAUGCAGCGGAACAACCUGUCACUAGCUGUACCCAAAGUGCAGUUCUUCACACCUGAAGGGGGGCAGAAUGUAGCCGUCACAUGACACGCACAAGGCCAUCGUCUGGAUUAUAAAAGGUUCAGGGACGCUCUAUUCCUGUCUUGCUCCACUGGACCUCUUCCUGUUGUUCUGUCUAACUCUACCACUUCUGUUGUAAAGGAGCAGCAACUGCUAAUCUGCUUUCAUCCUUUCCUGUUUUACACAAAAUCAGUUCAAUUUAAAAAAUACUUUUUAAAUAAUAACAUAUUAUUUGAGAGUGAGAAAGAGGAAUUCAUUGUCUCUCAUACUACAUCACUAUUUCUUUUCAUUAGAGCACUAUUUCACUGUUGGAACCUGUAAUAUUGUCACCAAGCUUGUACACACUUUAUCUAAGAAAUUUAAUGUUCUGUGUAAAAUGAGAAAUAUUAAAACGCUCAGUAAAGCAGUUUGUCCUGCUUGUUGUGUUUUCAAUUCACUAUAAUGUAUUUUCUACUUUUAAUUGCUUUGUGUUCUGAUUUAGCUUGCAUAUUAGUGUUAAUAUUAGUAUUAAGGCAUAUUAAUAUUAGUUAACAAUUUAGAAACAAUGAAAAUUACACAAUGUAAGGGUUUUAUAACAUAAUAGUAAUGUUUUUCUUUUCUUGAAAUAAAAAAAAAUAUUUUAAACUUUUUAAAAACAAUAGCCUGAAAGAUUUUAUUCUGCCACUUGGGGGAGCUGUUGUAUCAACUUUCAUGUCUUGGGGAAACCCGAAUAUACACUAUAUGGGCAAAAGUUUGUGAAUACCUGACCAUCACACCCAAAUGUGUUACCACAAAGUUGGACACACACAGUUGUAUAGGAUGUCUUUUCAGUGGCAUAGACAGAAAUUAAUGUAUGUUUCAGACAGAAGCAGGAACAGUACAAUUACUGCUCAAAAAUGUUAUUCGUCAUGCACCUCUGAAUAAGCAGCCAAUUAUUUUCCAAUGUAUUUGUUAUGGAGAUGUUAUGGAGAUAUGCUGUAAAUUGUUACUGUUUCAGCUUUGUUUAUGAUGAUACUUGAAAUACAGUAUUGUUAGUUAUGUAAGAACUCGGUGGUAUCUCCAUUAUGAUGUUAAAUUUGCUCAAAGUUAGCCAUGGUGAUACAAAAUAUGAUUUUUCUAAUUAAAAUAGGAUGUCAUGGCCAUCUUCCAACCGCAGGCAAAAGUGCCUCUAAUCUGAUCUUUAUCCUCAAGUGUGACAGUUUGAACAGCAAAAAAAUAAAUCUGGUGGAGUUUGA